AUGACUGCAAGAAACAUCCGUUUCGACUCUCUUUGUCCUAACCGACAAGUAGCAACUCAAGACUGUCCUCUUUGUAUUAAACGACGGAUCAAGUGCGAUCGAAGCCUACCGACAUGUGUCAAGUGCGCCAGCCGAGACCUGGACUGUCCUGGUUAUCAUCCUGUUCCGCUCAGAUGGAACCAAGGGGUGGCAAGCAGAGGCAAGUUUGCCGGAAAGUCAACUCCAGUUCUAGAUAAAGACAACAGAAAGUCAACGAAGCACAAACUCUCAAAACGAAGAACUGUAGAGGCCGAGGUCUCUUGUAACAGUCCUCAACCUCAACACACUCCAUCCUCAUUACCAGAAACAACCCUUGAUUUACAAACAUCCACAGACGUCCCCCAUCCAUCUCAAGACCUUGAUCUCGUUCAUAGCAUCUCAUCAGUCACACUUUCCAACAGUCUCCUAAACCACUUCUCCACCAGAGUCAUCCCUCGGCUGACCUGGAUCGACCUCCCCGGCAGUCCAUGGCGGAAGACGAUUCUACCUCUAGCCCAGAACUCGACUUGCCUCCGCCUCGCGAUCAGCAGUUUAGCAGCUGCUCACAUACAUACGACGUCGACCGAGACUACCGAUCAGACGGCCCGGCUCCUCCAGAUGCAGACAUGGCUCAGGGAUGAAAGUCUUCGGGUCUUGAAUCAAAAGAUGCGACUUGAGUUACAGCCAGCCCACGGAACAGUCCAGGCACAAACCAGCCAGUCUUUUGUCGAGAUUCUCACGGCAAUGCUGGUUCUAUGCUACACAGAGGCGUUUAUCCCCGGAUCAAGGGACUGGAAACUGCAUCUGCGUGCCUGUCGAACGCUCAUCAACUUCGGCAACUUACGGAGCCGCAGAACAACACCAAGCGCCAUCGAGAGCUUCAUACUCAAAGAAGUAGCCGAUCUCGACACAUUAUGCAAUAUUUCCGUCUUUACCAACGACUCGACAUCAUUAUCCGAACCCUUCGGCGAUACCAGAAUAUGGUCCUUUACGGGUGUGAUAAACGACAUUACAACUGUCGAGAGACAACGUCACCAUGCUCGACGAAAAGGUCAACAGCUGUCAGACAUCAACAUGGAAGAAUGGCGCCAAAGGGCUCAGAAUGCUUAUACUGAAGUGUCUGCUAGAGCCAACACACUCUCUGAGGACCAGGAUAUGCGACAGUGCUUCCAGGCUGUUGUCACGGCACACUACCACGCCACCAUCAUCUACAGCUACCAAGCCUUUGCUCCCGCCGAAAAAGUCCAAGAACUUGUCAAAUCCACUAUCGACAUCCUCCUCCGCGAAAUGCAAUCCGUCCUAGCAGGACAUGUACAUACCUUCUCCCACGAUCUGUUUCUUCCAUGCUUCAUCGCUGGCACCGAGUGUCGUGGAGACAAGCUGAGGCAGUCCAUUAUUGAGAAACUGUUUCUUGACUCUCUGUCUGUGACGGGACUCUGGUGCAACCAUACCGCUCUUCAGUUUCUCACGACUCUGUGGGGGAGCUCUGAGUAUGAAAUGGGUAUGAACUGGAUACAAUAUGCUCGAGAGAAUGAGGAACGGAUUGGCACCUUCAUUGCCUUUUGA